AUGUUCCGGGUACACCACGUGACUGGUAUACCAUCCAAUAGACGGCAGACAUAUGAAAUAUUUGCAAUACAGCCCACCACAUGUUAUAAAAAGAAAUGGAUACACCAGCCACGUAGUGUCCCUGAACAUAUAAAAAUUUCUCCUUCUCCAGCCGCUAGACCCCAAGCCACCCAAAACAGCCCCCCAACCGCUCAAAACACCACCCACUCUCUACACACUCCAGCACACACACCCUACUUUGUCGUCAAUUUCAUCGAUGGCCGUGACUUCUCCGACAUGGACGAUCUUAACGGAAAGACUGUGGUGAGCAGGAAAGUGGCCAAGGCUAUGUCGUGGCUGCCCCAAAAUCCUGAGGUAAUGGAGAAUCCGGCUCUAAACACGGUCAAGUACUUGUUCCCAGAAAUGGAUCAUUAUUUGGAUCUGGACUACGGGUCUGUGGAAAGAGAGAGGGAUUUGAGGGGGCCAGCAACCAGAUCUGAACACAGCCCAACCCUCAAAUCUCUCACCUAUCGCACUUGCCAUGGCCUUCCUCCAAUCGGUUCUGCAGCAUCGAGGCCUUGA